UCAAGUAAGAACAAUGGUCAGGUUAUGGUGGUUCGAGAUCGACAAAAGAAACAUAAACUCCUGAUCUGCACAAACGACGAUGGAAUUUUUGGAUGGAGAACAUUGGAUGGAUCUAGUCCAACAGGUGAAUUUUUCAGUCCAGCCUACGACUGCACCAGCAUAUUGAACAAAGACCCGAAGGCUAAAGAUGGUUUUUACUGGAUCACACUUGGGUACAAAAUACCAAGAAAAGUUUAUUGUGACAUGACUACCGACGGAGGGGGUUUCUAUUUGGUUGGCCGCAAGAAUACAUCGAUUACCUGGACUGUUCCUUCCAGCAACACUCCAGUUGAACCAUUUGGCGAUCCUCAUUGGAUAAGCUCAUUGGGCAAUGCACCAAUCAUUGAUUUUAGAGUUCAAGUUUCAAGUCAGGAAAAAUUUGAGGCAACAAAGGCACAUUGGUACUAUAGACUUCGAAAACCACGAGCACUUAAGAAUUUGAUGAUCAUAAAUAAAGGAGGAUGUAAGAAAUCGUCGCCAGGAAUAGGAGACGUACAGUUUGUGAAAAAUUUAUUAACCGAUACCGUCGUAACGCGAAACUUUCGUUGCUCGAAAUUUGGCGUGGCUCAUAACGCAAAGACACAAUUUGGAUGGGCUAGGAUGAAUUAUUGCUUGCAAAGGCCAUGUCGCUGGGGAUUUGCUUUUCAUCACAAAUUUCCUCUUCAAACCGACUACUCUGGGGCAUUCAGCUACAGCACAAAGAACAGGAUUUCCGGAAUAAAUUACGGAGCGACCGCUUUCAUUGGUUGCGACAAUGGCCAGUGUUGCGGAUGCUACGGACCAAAGAAUGGAACGAAGAACUAUUGCUUCAAAGAAUGUGAUUCACGAAAGUGGUGGAACAGUCCGAGAAACUGUAUACACUUGGUUCUGGGUGAGAUCUGUUCUUCCGACAAAACUGUGGACUAA